AGCUUCUUCCUACCACGUGGAACUCAGGGAUGAACCCAUCGCUGACAUCACCGUAACACAUCCCAUCUUCGCAGCUUCAAAUAACUUUUUCACGCUAUAAUAAUAAAUAAACUCUCUUCUUCCUCAAACACAAACAACAAACACAGAACCUAAAGAGAGAAAAAAAAACUUGGUGGUACAAAAGAAUCAUGAGAAGAACUGAUCACGCUUUCCCCUGCGUGUUGCCACUUAUUUUCUUGUGUAUAUUAUCAGCGGCGGAGCUAGUAGCGGGUCAAGCACAGCCCGAUGGGAGAAAUGAAGUGUACACCUACGGAAAGAUAAGUCCAGCCAUGGCAGUGAUCAUCGUGAUCCUCAUCGCUGCUCUCUUCUUCAUGGGCUUCUUCUCCAUCUACUUCCGCCACUACUCCGCCAUACCCGACGCCGGCGUUUCGCCGGCUGGUGGAGCUAGAACCAGAGUAGUAUUCAGCGCCGCGGCGGCGGCACGUGGACUCGACGUUUCGGCGGUGGAGGCUUUCCCGACGUUCGUGUACUCCGAGGUGAAGACGCAGAAGCUUGGUAAAGGGGAGCUGGAGUGUGCCAUCUGUCUGAACGAGUUCGAAGACGACGAAACGCUGCGUUUGCUUCCCAAAUGCGAUCACGUGUUUCACCCUCACUGCAUCGGCGCAUGGCUUGAGGCGCACGUGACUUGUCCUGUUUGCAGGGCGAAUCUCGCCGUGCAAGUUGCUAAAGAGGUCGAACAGGAUGUUGAGUCACAGCAGGUGGUGGUGAAUCCUGAACCGGUUCCGGUACAAGAACAGUCGGUUACCAGUGAUAUUGAUUCGAGGAGAUUGCCUGGAGUACCGGUGGAUCUUAAACGAGCCAAGUUCUCGAGAUCGCAUACGACGGGACAUUCCGUGGUUCAACCGGGAGACUGUACCGAACGGUUUACUCUCAGGUUACCGGAAGAUGCGAGGAAGAAGAUGUUGGCGAAUUGGAAGCUAAACCGUUCGAAUAGUUUUCUCGGUUCAAGUAGAGGCAAACCGAUUGACCGGUCAAAGGCUCGGUCUGAUCGAUGGUUGUACCGUAAAACUUCGUCGUUUCUGUGGAGGAGCCGAGAUGAUGGUUCGAUUAAGCUAGGUGGAACCGGUAGCGUUCGAGCCAAUGCUCUAUCGAAUUCAACCGGUGAUUCGGUACGGUCAGACCGGUGGGCUAUUCUUAGAAACGCGUCGUUUCUGUGGAGGAACUCUUCGGUACAGGGGCCAAGAGGAGGAGUCAAUAAGGACAGGGAAGGAAAUUCGGUUAAACCGUCCGGUACAGGUGGCUCAACUAGCGGUUCGGAGAGAUUACCGGUUUAGUUGAUUUUAUUUGUAGCAGUGAGUACUAUUUUAUUUUCACAUAUUUUCAAAUUUUGUGUGUUGUGUGAUAAAAAAAAAGUCAAAAACGCAGUACAUUUUCCUUAACUUUUAUCAUUAUAUUAAUCAAAGUCAAAUCCAGAAAAAAUCUACUUUUU